AAAGGGAGGGGGGAAGAGGUGGAGCUGCUUUAUCGGGAGCCGAAGUGGAAAUUUCCCCCCUCAGUUGCCGGCUCCACCGUAGAGGAGACGCAAGGGAGAAGCCACCUAGUCCUCGCCGCCCCGCCCGUGCGCCAAGCUCGCCCGCAGCGAUGUCAAACUACAUCCACGUCCCGCCCGGCUCCCCGGAGGUGCCCAAGCUGGACAUCACCGUCAGCGAGCGGGGGGGGCCCGGGUACCGCCAGGGCGCCUUGCAGCUGCUGCGCCGCCUGCGGCCCCACUGGAGACCCGAGGAGGUGACGCUGCAGCUCUUCACUGAUGGAAUCACCAAUAAAUUAAUUGGCUGCUACGUGGGUGACAUAACAGAUGAUGUCGUUCUAGUUAGGAUCUAUGGAAAUAAGACUGAGCUCCUAGUAGAUCGAGAUGAGGAAGUGAAGAGUUUUCGCGUGUUGCAGGCCCACGGCUGUGCACCUCAACUAUACUGUACUUUCAAUAAUGGCCUGUGCUACGAGUUCAUGCAGGGAGAGGCACUGGAUCCAGAGCAUGUAUGCAAUCCAGAGAUUUUCAGACUCAUUGCCAGACAGCUUGCUAAAAUCCAUACUAUUCAUGCACACAAUGGAUGGAUCCCUAAAUCUAAUCUGUGGCUGAAGAUGGGGAAAUACUUCUCUCUCAUACCCACAGAAUUUGCAGAUGAGGAAGUAAAUAAAAGGUUUUUAAGUGACAUUCCAAGUCCUCAAGUUCUUCAGGAAGAGAUGGCCUGGAUGAAGGAAAGACUGUCAAAUUUAGGAUCACCGGUGGUACUCUGUCACAAUGACCUGUUGUGUAAGAAUAUUAUUUACAACAAGAAACGAGGUGAUGUGCAGUUCAUAGACUAUGAGUACUCUGGAUACAACUACCUGGCUUAUGACAUUGGAAAUCACUUCAAUGAAUUUGCAGGGGUAAAUGAGGUAGACUACAGCCUUUAUCCUAACAGAAAAUUGCAGGAACAAUGGCUGAGAUCUUACCUUGAGGCCUACAAAGAAUAUAAAGGAUUUGGCACCGAAGUCAGUGAAAAAGAAGUUGAGGUUCUAUAUGUCCAAGUCAAUCAGUUUGCACUGGCUUCCCACUUCUUUUGGGGAUUGUGGGCUUUAAUUCAAGCCAAAUAUUCCACCAUUGACUUUGAUUUUCUAGGGUAUGCAAUUGUUCGGUUUAACCAGUAUUUCAAAAUGAAGCUGGAAGUCAUGACAUUAACUCUUCCUGAGUAAUGAAGAGAAAGAAACUUACCAAGUGGAUAGACAACCCCUGAAUCUUUUCUGAGAACAGAUACUGGAAAAAAGCUAAACUUUUGUUGAAGUUCUGUAAUACUCACUUGGUGGUUCUUGCGUUAUAAAUAAUGCCUCUAAACAGUCCUUCGAUGUUAAAUUUAAUAUGAAGAACAUACAUACUGCUGUGGAUAUAAAAUGGAUUAGAAACUUGCUAAAUCUAUAAAAAGUUGUAGAAAUGGCAAUUUAAUCCUUCUUUGUAGUUUAACAUAUGUUGUAUGUGAAUUAUUUAUUAUAAGUUUAACAUGAUUCCAUGCUGCUUUCAUCAGUUUUUUGUAAGAGUUGGGUGCAGACAGUGAAGUUGUUCCAAAGGAUUCGUUUAACAACUUGUUUUGUUGAAGUUACAUUAACUUAUGUUAAAGAAAUCUUGGUCACGGAAUAUUAACUUUUUGAUAGUAGAUAGUAGACUUGUGCAAUCACGAGUGUGCUCUAACUAGGGAAAAAGGUUAGGAUGAUCAUUAUUUUUUUUUUCCCCUUCUUCAUUUACAAAAAAGAAAGGUAGCUUUUCACAUGAUGGUACUUUUUCUUUUGUAUAAGAAUCAACCAGUGUACUGAAACGAUAAAUAACAUAUUGGGGUUUGCCUUCUUGGCACUUUAAGCUGUAGAAAUGUGAAAGUUCUAUGGCCAUCAGAUUCUUUGAGGAUAAGUACCAUCAUAGUGUUAGAUGGGCAGUGCAUCAUCUCUAACUUGUGUGGGAAAGCUGCUUGUUAUUAAGUGUACUUUUAAAGCAAAAGACCACUAUUCCAAAUCUAUAUUCUUUUUUGAAACUUGAUUCUAAAUUUGAACACUAUUCUGGUGUCUAGAUUUGAUGUACUUCAGCAGUAUCUUGCAGAAUGGACUACUGAGCUGAAGAUUAGUGAACAGACAUCCUGUUGCACUGGGGAGCAAGACACUUAAGUUUACAGUUUGCGUAUUGUUGACAUCUUUCUGCUUUGUCAUCUUCUGACCUUGGAUUCUGGUCUUAAAUGCUUAAUCUUGUAGUUGCAGAUUCUGGUAUGUCUGUGUUGGUUGUCAUUUGUUUGGUUUGUUUUUUUUUUUUUUCUGUGGCAGCAGAUUACUUUUCAAAGUCUCCAGUUUGAAGGAAAAGUACAUGACUUGAACAUUGGGGCUUUGAGCAUCACACCCACUUUAUUUCUUGAAGCUAUUAUACCAAGAAUGGUCUGGAUGUCAAAAUGUGAAUUGAAAAAAUGUUUACUUAACAAAACAAUAUGUAAGUUUGUGUGGAAAAGAGGCUUUAAAUCUGAGGGUGGGAGGAGGGGAAAGGGAAAGAAACCCACAACAGAAACAUAAAUCCCAACAAUGCAGUGUGGAGUUGGGUAGGCAUAUACUCAACUCUGAUUAUACUCUGAAAAACUUUGCACUUUGGUCACAUAAGUGCCCACAUGUACAAAGUCUGUGUGUGUGCACACAUACACUCAUGCAAACAACCUUACCUGAAGAGUAAAUAUUAUGGGGAGUCUGUUGUACAGACACCAGCAAAGAUAUUUAUUCAAAAUUGCUUUAUGGCACACUGCUGUGUGUGUAUAGGUGUAUAUGUACACACACGUACACAUGUGCUUUACAAAAGCUUGGAUUGAUUCAGGACAAAGAAAAGUGAUGUGAGUGAAAAACUUUCACCUUGAAAGACCAUUUUGAAUGGCAUUCUGUUAUUUUACAAAAGCAAGGAUUGGGAUUUUUUUCCUUUUGUUUAUAUUCAUCUCUGUUUUUUUUUUUUUUUUAAAUUUAGUUUUCUUCAGUCAAAACAUAAAUACAAAUGGGAGGACCGGGGUUUUUGUAACUUGAAGAUAGGUUACCAUUUUUGUUUGCUGGAGGCUACUAUACUGGAUAAAUUUUCUUGGUAGUUAAAUAGAAACAAGUAACUAAGUAUAGACAUAUUUUUUCCUUUGUAGCAGUUAUCAAGGAUGUUGCUAGAGCUCAUGAAAGCACUGAAGACUUGAAUUUUCUGUACUUUCCCCUUGUUGACAUUAUUAUUAUUGACAUAUGUUGAAUAAUACCCUGCUGUCUUGGUAGUCUCUUGAAAUACAGCAAGAUCUGCUUGGGAUUAUGACUGAUAAAGAAUUGUGAACUCUUCUUACUAUUUUCUUCAAGUGGUACCUUUAUUUCUGGCAGUGUUACUUUGUAUUUGUGAAAUAUUUGAAAAAGACUGUGAGGUUCACUUGAUUUUGGGAAAUCCAACACUUGACAGACCCGAGCUUUCCCAACAGUUGGCAAAACAUAUUUCCUUUUCCAGGUACCACUACUAUUUAAGUUUGGAGUUAGUGUAAUUUUUUUCAGUAGUAUUUUUGUUUGUAUAGCUCAAGUAGCAAUAACUGUAGGAGUAGAAGCUUGCUUCUGCGGAACCAAAGCUUUUCAUGAGUGCAGCUCAAUCUCAUUCUUGUGAAGUUCCACUGAAUCCCAUAAAAGCACUUUGAAGCAGAUAGUAAAUACUGCAAGCUUUUCCUGAGCCACUUCGAAGAAGCACAAGGAUGAUCACAGGUUACAGUGGUUGACUUUGCAGUACUGGUAGAGUCUUUCAUUUUGCGUGUUGAAAUUCAUUUUACACACUUAAAUGCUGCUUUGCAUCAGCUUUCUUUCAAGACAAGUGCAGAUUAAAAGAAUUCCUGAUAAGGUCUGAGGGAAUACUGUAGAACGUUUUUCCAAAAUGAAAUGCCAAUUACCUUGAGCCUUGUUCCACAUCUGUUUGAGCCAGUAGCACUCGGAUAAGUCUCAUUUGUUGAGGUACAACUACAGAUGCGUUAAGUUUGAGGCAGUAGUUUGCAAUAGCAUUGCAGAUUAGAAGAUAGCUUGAAACUGUGAAUACAGGACAUUCUGAAUGUAAGUUAAGUACUAGAGCACCGAAUUAGAAAACAUUUCCUUUUUUCAGUUAGUUUAUCUCAGUCCCUUUAAGAUAUUUGAAGGAGGACAAAACCCAACUGAGCUCUAGAAACAUCCUGUAGUAGUUUUGACUGUGACUUGCCAAGAAGAUACUCUGUUGCCUUUAUGUUAAGCUAAGGGCACAAAUGCCAAAAUUAAUAAUUCUUACUGUAGUUAAACCUAUAUUGUAAAUAUAAAGAGGAUUAUUGGUAACGGCAUUCUUGCAUAAAUAGCAUCAAGUCAAUAGACCAUAGUGGCCUGGUUGCUUUUGUAAAGCAGAAUAGUGUGAAUUUUUUUCUUCUCAUUUCUACAGUCAGAUCUGGCUAAUCCAUGCCUAAUUUCUUAGGUCACCUAAGCAUCAAAGAUUUAUGAAUGAUAAGUAGUCUCUUGUCAUGUAACUUUUUAAAUUCCUUCAUUUACACAUUUUGAUUUGUAUUUUAAAUGGACCUACCAAAUUUGCAUUAACCAGGUCUGGCUGUAUAUGUAUAUACAACAGUGUAAAUAACCAUUUGUAAAUUAGUGUGAAUUGUACUGUAUCUUACAUUUAUGGACUUGUGUAUUGCAUUGUAUUCUCUCCUAUUUUGUAGAAAUUUUGAUGUAAAGAAAACAUCUAACUCUGUGUGUGGACUUGCUUUGUUAAAUUGACCUGUAAGAGAGCAUAAUAGUUUUAUGUUAAGGUAUCCAUUCAUAGAUUUGGUCAUCCAAUGUCUUUUUUCCCCACUAGCUUUUUUGAUAUUUUGCUCUUGAUAACGGUUCUGGGGGAAAAAAGGAAUUUACACAGUACUAAGACAAAGAGAAAAUCUGUUCUGAUAAUAGGGCAAACUGUGUCAGAGGUAUGUAUGUACAGAACCUGUGGUACAGGGAAAACUUAAAAUUUUUUGUUUACUUAAACUUCUAAAAAUUUCCUAUUCAUUCUUGAAUGCUGGUGACUUCUAAACAUAAGCAUAUUGAAUUGAAGUACUCUUAAAAAAUGUGUGCUCCCAUGGUGAGUUAGGUGUGAUAGAAGUCCUCCAAUUUAAAUGUUUUUGGUGGAUGUAGCCUUAUAAUAGGAUUAGUUGCUAACUUGUAAAUGCUUGUAAUAAAUCAGUAAAUAUAAAUCACGAAAGUCAGUAAAAUAGUUCUGCCAAUCAUUUUCCACAACACUAGAACUAUCAGUAGCCCCUUGAGACUAUUUUAAACUUAGCUGAGGUAUUUUCCCCGUGUGCCAUUACCUCCCUCUCCUCUCUGUGCCCACAACCUUACUUUGUAAGGGGAAAUAUUGAAUAUAAAAGGUUCCUUUCUAUACUUAAUCAUCACUAUAUCUUUUUUUGACUGAAAUUGUGUUCUCUUUUAUCAGUACAUGACUUCUCAUAAAAGUUUUUUUGUAGGAAAUCCCUUUCUGGAGAGGCAUUUAAUCAUGGAAGCAUAGACAUAAUGAAGCGUAGUUUUCCCCAAAUGCCCAACUACAUUUUAUCACUGUUGCCUUUUGUCUCUUUUGAACUCCGUGGUGUACUUCAAGCUGUUAGUUUUUUCUUGUCACUGCUGUGUUUAAUAACUGCUGGAAAAUACUGGUGUCCAAAUCCCACUGCCAUUUGACAACUUGAUGUAGUUUGUACAUCCUGUCAACUUCACCUUCACUGGGUGAAAGCUAUGUGUACUUGUCAAUAUUGACACCCUUGUGUUACUAGGGUCCUGGGAAGUCAGUUUAUCAAAUGAGUAUUAAUCAAGAGGAGGGAUGGGCUCAGUAAACAUAAGUAAAAGGAAAUCAGUAGUAUGGAAGCUUAAGCUUUUGAUGUAGUGGGGUAUUGGAUGUUCUUAUUUACUUGUAUGGUUUAAGGACAAGAGCAAAUUGUAAAGGGUAAGAUUUGUUUCGGGAGGAAUUUAAGAUUCUUUUAAGCCUUUGGUAGCAAACAAGCUUACAAAAUAUUUGUCCUACUGAAAAAAAAACUUUAAAGCAAAUUUUAAUAACUUUCUGAUUAAACAAAACUUUGUUCCAUAACCUAUUAAAAUAUAAUCUGCUUGGGGUAGUCCUUUCUGUAGUUUGCAGAGGCCCAUGACUACAUCUUACCUGUCUGUAUUUAAAGUGGCUGUUUAUUCUUUAUUUGGUUUGAUAAUUUUGUAUUGUUUACAGUGUUCUUGGAUGCCUUCUAAAGUGUGCUAGAUUACUAAGCUAUUGGAAUUACCUAUUAUCUCCUGUCAUCUCUUCCACACCAGGCAGGUUGUAAUUACAGUAGUAGAACGGAAAUCAUUUGAUGAAACCUUGAGGUAGUCAUACAAAGAUGAUGUUGCAUCUGAUGUUGCAGCUGAUUCUUUUCAUCCCUUUCUUUUACUGUGGGCUGUAAGCUGAUAAUCUUUCACAACUAAUGAAAACAGAAAAAGCCAUGACUUUUGGUCUUGUGCAAGGUAGGUGUUCUGUUAGCCUGCUACACAUCUUUAAGAAAGGGGCUCUCAGCAUUGAGAAACCACACAAAUCCAAAUGGAACGUGUCAGAAGAAAAACUCUGGUUUAGGGACCUCUAGAGUGGGAAGGAAGAUGUAUGAAACUUGUCUAUGCCAGUUGCAUGGGGGUGUUCCAUCUAAAUGAUGUGGUGACACACUGGAAAAAACAUGGUUGAUUUUUUUCUUUUUUUUUUAAAGUAACUUUUACAUGUGGUCUGAUCUGUAGAGAUUAAAUUCCUGUGAUUAGGAAACCAGUCAGCCUGGAGGGAGAGCAAAGAAAUGUUUUUACUUAAAAACCCCAAACUCAAACAACGCACCCCCACAAAUCCUUGUGAGGUUGAUUAAUUUGCAACACUUAGAUGUGUGUUUUAAUUUUCUAUGUGUUUAAUAGUAUAAGUGGUGGCCUGCACCCCAGAUUCUUUAAUAAAGGGGUUUAUUAUUAUUGUGAAAUGUCAGAACAGGCAGGAAGGGCCCUAAAGCCCAUUAUAAUCUUAGAACUUUGGUCAGAUAACCUAACUCCUGGUUCAAGAUUUUACAUUGCUUAUUUCUGUAUCCUAAAAUUGUUGAGCUGCUGUCUCAGGUUCCCCAUGUUGUGGAACUUAGUUCUUGAACUUCCCAAAUUAAUUUGAUUUGAUGUUUAUAGAGAGAUGACACAGAGAAAACUUUUUGGAAAUUAGAAGUCAUGUGAACAUUUAGAAAGCUAACAGUUACUUGAAAUUACCAAACUCUGAAAAUAAAUGCUGAAAUAACUUAAGGUACUGCACCAGCCUAUUUUUGUGGUAUUGAGACUCUGUUUAAUGUUGGGUUUUUUCACCCCACAUAGAGUUCCAUGCAAAGCACAAAGUGAAAGAAACCAUGGAAGAGAAACAUGAAAAAUGUUGUAUACAAUGCCAUGAAAUUCAAUGUGAACUGGAAAAAAAGUAUGUUUCUAAGCAUUUGGUAGAAGUAAUUGUUAUCACGAAUUGGUAGGUGUUGAGUGUUCAGUGUGUGAAAGAUUCUUUUUUUUGUAGAAAUGUUCGUUUUAACAUUUUGUAUAUCGGAUGCAGUCUGUAGUAGUUAAUCAUGCUGCUUUGUACACAAGUGCUUUGAAUAGUCUCAGCACUGAGAAUGUAUCCAAUCUAUCUUAAAUAUGACUUUGUUAGAUUCAUUGAUUCUGUCUCAAGCUUCUUAAUACAGCUCUCAAACCCUUUCAAUACUUGCAGAAACAGGGCUAUAGCAUGUUAGGGUUAUAUUCCAUUUUGUGUCAGUUUUUUUGUUACUGCAUAUUUUUCAGUGUUCUAUUUAACAUGAGUCCAUUUCUGUCCUGUAAAUAAAAAUCUCAAUUUACAAAUAAGCCUUUACCAACUUCCAGCACUGUCAUCCCCCUCCAAAGUCCCCAUGACCCUUCUUGUAUGUUGUGGAGUUUAGAUGCAUCAUUUAUCCAUUGGAGUGAAUUGUAUUUCUUUUGAACUAAAUGUUAUUGAAGCUAUUAUAAGGCCUUCUACCACUGAUUAAAUGAAGUAAUGUACCUUUCAAAGAGAUUUAUAUUGUGUAAAUAAUUUCAAACUGCAACAAUAAAGUUUGGUUCUAACUGCA